GAUAGCUUUCAUUUUUCUAAUACAUUCAGUUUUCUUUCUUCUUCAUUUGGCCGACUAUCAACAAGCUAUCAUGGUAUCAGAGAAUAGCUCAGACCUUCUUUCUUCGUAGACCUCCUCGCACAACAAUGGCGCUUCCAGAUCAUUUGGUGAAUCCAGCAAAUCCUCUUUUUCUACAUCCUGGCGAGAAUCCAUCUCUGAUUCUCGUUACACCUCUGUUAGAAGAAAACAACUUUCCUCAAUGGAAACACGAUAUACUGAUCGCACUACAGACGAAGAACAAGGACCAAUUUGUUCUCAACACCCUGCCAUGCCCUAGCGCCACAGAUCCUCUUUACGAAGCCUGGCGUAGAUGCAACAAGAUGGUUGUAUCAUGGCUCAGUCGCUCGAUGUCAUCAUCAAUUCGCCAAUCCGUCAUGUGGAUUGAAUCCGCAUCGGAAAUUUGGCGCGAUCUCAGCGACAGAUUCUCACAUGGAGACAAAUUCCGCAUAGCUGACCUGCAAGAAGAAAUUCAGAACUGUCGCCAAGGUGACCAAAACGUUUCUCAAUACUUUACCCGUCUACGAACACUAUGGAAGGAAUUGUCACUAUAUCGAACUGUUCUAAAAUGUACAUGCUCACCUGCUUGCUCCUGCGGAAUAUUAGCAAAGAUUCAAAAGGAAAGAGACGAUGAUUACAUUAUCAAACUUUUACGAGGUCUUAGAGAGGAUUUUAAUCAAGUUCGCUCUCAGGUUAUGCUGAUGGAUACACUACCAACUAUGACUCGGACCUUUUCUCUAAUCCAACAGCAAGAGCGUGAAUUUGGUGGUCAAUCCCACUCUAUUCCACAAGAAACUAUUGCUCUUGCCACAAUUACUCCUAACACUGGCUACAACCACCAGUCCAGAGGAGGAUAUAUCACCAAUCGAGGAGGACGAUCUGGUAAACAAAACAAUACAAUGAGAAACAACAAAUUUUGCACAAAGUGUAAGAAGACAAAUCAUACUGUAGACACAUGCUUUCACAUAUAUGGUUUCCCACCCGGUUACAACAAAAACACCAAUGCUGAUGCAAAAUCUUCUGCUAAUGUUGCUGGUUCUAUAGCCCCCUUUGCAUCUAUCUCUCUUGUCAAGGAACAGGAUGACCACCAGAAUGCCUAUACUUUCACCAAGGAUCAAUAUAACGCAUUAAUGGCUUUAGUUCAACAAUCUCAGAGUUCUUCCUCAACUGUCAACACUGUAACCAAUCACCAUGUGCCUAAUCCUGAAACCUACCUUCAAGAGGAUUGGAGUAGCUAAACAACAGUCUGGGCUAUUUCACCUUGUUCAACACAUACCAGCAUCUGUCAGUUCCACUCUCACCAACACCUGCAGCAUUGUUUCCAAUUCUAUUAACAAUGUAUCCCUUGAUUUGAGUACAUUAUGGCACUAUAAACUAGGCCAUCCUUCAAAUCAUGUAUUGCAAACUUUAUCCUCUCAGUACAAAUCAAUAAAACUUCC